CACCAGUGGUUUGUAUGGGGAAUUUUCCCUACAACUAAAUGAGGGUCUGUUUUGCAGAACUCCAGGAACUGUGUCAAGCGAUCGAGCUACAGCUAGCUAGCCGUAUAGCGCUGCUAGUAUAUACAGGAGCAGUACUGACUGUACAAGGAGCAGCUCACUCUCUCUACUAUAUAGCGGUGAGAACUGUAGUCACUGGAGCAAGUGUUGGUGGAGCCUGGCCCUAUACUAUACCGUGUGGAGUGCAGUGGCGGUUGCAGUAUUGUAAUAACUAUCCAGUGAAGAUGAUUGUAUGGUAGUACAGUGUGUACAAGGCUGAUCCCAGUGUGUACAAGUUAACUGAUCCCAGUGUGUACAAGAUGGCCUCUAAAGGUAAUGGAUCACAUGACUGUGAGUUACGUCGUGACAGUGAAGAGUUACAUAGUGACAGUGAAGAGUUACAUAGUGACAGUGAAGAGUUACGUUGUGACAGUGCCAGUGAUAAGUUACUUGGUCAAGUCUGUGAACAACUGUCCCUCAAAACAACACGAGAAAUGGUUGCAACUUCUCUAAAGCCAGGCACUCAAAAUAUGGUAUCCUCGCAGCUACUGCCGCUGCACUUUGACCCCCACGGACUGGCCACACCCAUCUCCGUCAUUGUUAAUUUACUAGUUCAUUGUUUCCUAUUGAAUAGAGAGAUUGAGGAGGUCAAAGGUCAUGCAGCCGAGGUUACGGAGGAUGUGAGGGUACUCAAGGAAUUGUACGAAGGGGUGGUACAUGUUAAUCAACAAUGGGCUGUGGAUUAUGACAAACUAUUGGAACAAGUUGCUAGCACUAAACAGUCUCCGUCAUCUCGUCGUCAUAGCGAUGUCCUUAUGUCACCUAGUAGUGAGAAAUGCUUCGAGUGCUUCAUGGGCCGACAGAACAGAGUGGGCGGUGGUGUGGGGGGUGGGGAGUGUGAGGCUCUGAGGAACGAGCUACAACAAGUCAAAGCAAGAUUGGAGGCAAUAAAGAGAGACAGAGAUCGUGUAUCAGAUGAGAACAAAGCAAUUCAAUUCCAACUUCAAGAUCUAGGUGAUUUGCAACAGGCCAUGUUAGUCAGAGAAGAUUAUCCUAAAAAGCUGUCUGAGCUGAAGGCCAUCAAGAGACAGCAUCAAGACGAAGUGUGUGUUCGCAUCAAACUAGAGAAACAGAUUGAGCGCCUGCGUAAUGUGUUUACUGACCUCUUCCCUGCUCCUGUUGAGAGUGGGCGGAGUCACUCAUCUUACCCUCCCUCUCACCUUCGACCUUGUCACACCCAACAAGCAUUCUACUCUGACCCCGGACCCCCCACACCACCAGGACUAAUUGCCAGGGGUCAUCCCACUAGUCUAGUAGAGAGGGACAUACACAUGCUGAGUCAGCGUUAUCCAAAGCGUCACAAUGACCAACUUCUUGUUCGUAAUAAUGGGCAGUUGUCACGGCAACAGGAACGCUGGGCCAGUGACCCACACCUGAACAUUAAUGGCUCCUCACUGGUUCCGCCUACUCCACACACCCCACUCAAACCACGUUGUCAAGGACGACCACGAUCGUUAUGUGUAGAGCAAGGGAACAUGGCACCAUCGCUAAGUGAUGAACGUUGCUACGUAACAACAGAGGAAUCGACCAAUCACAUUACAGCACCAUUAGCGGACUUUGAGGGAGGAAAAUGUUCUGUUUGUGGAGAAACUUUUGAACGAUCGGAUUUAUUUUUUGACCAUGUUAGAAUGUGUGGCACGUAGUCACACAUGCCCACUCACUCAUGAAAAUGUCAACACUUUUAAUAUAAUAGCUGCUCUCAAUUAAUUAUUAUUAAGUGUUUUAAUAAUAAUUAAUUUUAUAUAA